AUGUCAGACCCCCCCAACAACACCCAAACCACGUUUAGUGGCGGCGACCCUCCUGCCGACAAUAAUUAUACCGACAAUAAUAAUGAACAGACUAAUAUUAAUGAUAUGCAAAAAAUUAUUGCUGUUGAACUGAAGGAGAAAGAAAGUUCUCAUUCCAGAGGACCUCAUUCUCAUGAAGCUCAUCACAUCAAACCCUCGACAAAAAUCCAAAAAAAUAAUGAAAAACCAGACUCCCAUAAAAAAAUUGAAACUAUCCACAAAAAGCUUGAAUCGAAUGAUAAGCAUAAUGCUUCUUCAAACCACGAAACCCCCGUUGAAACCCCUAUUGUGAAUGUUGGUCCAACCUUGAACCCUACCUUUGACUCUUCACCAGAUGGUGGUGAUGUGGAAAUUGACGCAACACCAUCACGUGACAUGGAUGUUCUCAUGCCGGAUGCAAAUCCAUUUGGUGAUAAUUCUGAAGCCUGGGAAUACAUCUUAAAACUUAAGGAUGUAUUUCUGGUUGAAUUGUCUAUUGUUAAAGAAGACUUGAGUAUUACAAUUGAAGAUUGGGAAAUAAAAUUUCAAAAUCUUGAACUUAAAAACAAUGAGUUAGCUAAACAACUCAUUGCUUUGACCGAAAAGCUUAAGGCUUCAGAAGGACAAGUGAAUUCUCUUCGCUCAGAACUUGAUGUUUUGAGAAACAAUCAGGUUCACACAGAAGUUAAACAUAACUUAGCUACGCAAAAAGGAAAUCAAGAGUGCGGUAAGAAAAGUCGACACUUUGCCUUUUGCUUUGACCCUAAAACUCCAAAUGGAGCAACUCCAAAGUUGAAAGACAUUAUGAAGGCUCAAAAACAACACCGUGAAACUAAAGUUGAUGAAGACAAACCCACUUUUAGAGUGUGCAUAAGAAUUCCAGAUACCAUGAAAAGAGUUAAUAUCCCUGCGAUUGGAAAGAAAAUUGAUGCGGUUGCACAAAAGCCGGUGGCUCAGGAAAUAGGCUAUACUGUCAAAGGGCAUUUAUAUGUUCAACUUAAUGACAAAGAUUUUGCUGAUAAAGCUGCAGAAUGGAUCCCCAAAGUUGACCCUACUUAUUCAGUGCUUGACACAGAUUCUUGGUACAAGGCUGUACUUCAGGAAAUACCUAAUACGGCAUCGAUUGAAGACUUGAAAGAAACUCUCUACAAUUUUAAUGAUUACCAUAUUGUUUUGAAUACCGAACCCAAAAUCAUUAGCAGAAACCAAUUUACCCAAACAGCAUUGGUUUCAUUCAGAAAUGCCCAAGACUAUGCAAAGUGUGCUGAUAAUCUUAUUAUCCAGUACACAAAAGUUAAAGUUAGACCUUUUAUUAGCAGAAAAAAACUCCUGAAGAACUCCAAGCUAUGCGUAAUAAGAUACGAUUAUUGA